UGAGACACGAAAAAAUAUUUAUUGGAGAGAUGAUGGAUUUUGUUUCCUUGUCUCGUAUGGUUUUACCUCUCAGGUUUCUCGUUCUCCUCUCGUAAUUGCGGCCAACUAGAAGUAAAGCGAAAUUGUACAAGAAAAUGCAAACCCUCCUCGCGCACGCGCAGCCCGUUCGUAGUGCGACUGUGAAGAACUCUGGUUUGAUGCAAAAGCUAACCCACGACCUGACGAGGAGGAGGCCCCGUUGGUCUCUUCCCCGUUCAGCCGAGUUGCCCUGUCGACUGGUACUACGCAAGCAUUACAGUGCGUCGACUAGUACGUCAACAACCAGGCGAUGGAAUUCUGGUGCAUUUGAUGCUAACGCACGCGCCCCCAGCCAAGGGCGGAGGUUUCUUCAGAGCAGGUGCUUUUGUAGUUCAUCCUCUGCGCCGUCGUCGUGCUCUACCUCGUCGACGUCGAGCGGGAGUGGAAGUAACGUACCCAACAUUGGUGGACGACGAGGACCGCGACGGGAGCAGGAGUGGGUGGACGAGUCGCCGCCGGAAUCCCUUGUUGAUUCUCGUUAUCCAAGUUUCAAAGAGUUUCCUGCGACCUUGCGCUCGGUGCUGUACGGGAAACAAUCGACUGGCAGUUGUAACAACGCGAACUACAGCACAGCGGCCCGCGCUGGUGGACAAGCUGCGCGACCACCAUUACAGUACGAGGGGCCGCCUCACCACAAGGACGUUCCACCCGGAAUGAAUGCCGCACUGGCCACGCCACACCGACAAACAAGGAUUAGCCCACCUGGAGGCUUUCUAGCCUGCGUGGCUGCUUCACCCGAUGACGACGAGUUGAUAAGGAGGGACAGAACUACCUCGAUCAUGUUGAAAACCAAAGCGGGCGGCCUUCUCCCUGCACACCAUCAACUUCUGCAUCUUGAACAAGCGCGCCACUUUGCGCGGAAAAGCUCCGGAUCAAACCGUGACCAAUUUGACCGCAAGGACUCGACCGGCGGCGGGUUUUGGCAGCGGGUCCUCGGUGUCGGCGCGGCCGGGUACGCCGCGGUCAAGGUGCUGCCGGGGCUGAAGGUUGCCAUACCGCUCCUGAAGUUGUCGAAGAUGGGCCCGCUGCUGUCGCUUGUCUUGAGCAGCUUCGCCUACGCGUACGUGUUCGGGUGGCAGUACGGGCUGGGCAUGAUUUCCCUCAUCUUCGUGCACGAAAUGGGCCACGCUCUGAUGAUGAGGUAUUUCUAUUUGUAUGUUUCAGAUUCAGUCGCAGACUGUGUCUUACAUUCAGUUCGCCGACCUCUACUUGAGAAAAUGAAAAAUCGCCCGCCAUGCUCACCUAGGGUUACGGUUAUGUUUAUCCACUUCAUUAUCAUUGUCAUUCAGGUACCUGAAGGUGCCCGUCGGCCCCAUGGUGUUUCUCCCCUUUAUGGGCGCCGCCGUGGAGAUGCGGGACCAACCGAAGAACGCCACCCACGAGGCUUUGAUUGGGAUCGCCGGCCCGGUUCUCGGCUCCCUCGCGGCCGUGGCGCCCUUUCUGUACGGGCUGCAGACCGGGUCCCAGCUCGCGUUCGCCCUCGCCCACUGGGGGUUUCUGAUCAAUCUGUUCAACCUGAUGCCCGUGGGGCAGAUGGACGGUGGCCGCAUUCUGGGGGCACUGCAUCCCGGGUUUCUGAUUUGCGGCCUGGCCGGCAACGCGGGGCUAAUCUAUUUGAUGCCCACCGCGCCCAUGCUGUACAUAACGCUGCUGAUGGGCUGUUUCUCGACCUACCAGCGCUUUUUCGAUCCCGUGGACCGGCCGCCGGGGUUCUUCAACAUACCGAAUACCCAGAAGUUUGGCAUCGCCGCGGGGUACUUCGGCUUGGUCACCUCUCUCGUCGUCUAUGAGAUAGUACUUCUUCUAUUUCACCGUACUGGUACUACAAGGCGUGACAGAGACAGUCAGGAGAAAUGCAUCAUGUAUUUAUGGUAUUGUGGCGAACGAAAAGCAGGCAAUUUUCUGUGAAUCCUGUGUAAACUUGUAACAGUAAGAACAGGAGCUUUAUUCGCUUUGUCAUGCAAGGGCGCGUUGUGUAUCUGUACGGUGCACUUUACUGUUGAUAUCCUAGCGAUGCAGGUGAACGACCAUUUUCGGAAAUCGCCACAGCAAUUAAGAAUGGAGCAGGAGAGGGAACAGAAGCGGAGUAGGGCGAGUUCCGGCGGUGGAAACAGCAGCUCUAGUUCUGAGGAAACCAUCUGGAGCUACUUGGAUCAUGUGGAUAAAAACUACUGCUGACCAAGAAAAGAAAAUCUACUCCUCGAUAUCUCCUAGAGCACAAGAAGCAAGCUGCAUCAAAAUCAAAAGUAAAAGUGCAUCACUAAUCUAUCAGCGCCGGCGCGCAAAAUAAGUAGGUAAAAAAGUCGCACAUCUGUUUCUCUUCGUGUUCUUGUUGAAGUCGAAGUGGAGUGUUCGUCGAGUGCUGUCGAUGCCACUUGCGUUGGUACAACUACGACUGAAGCAGCUCCUGCAUUCUUGUUAGCUGGUGGUCGAUUGUGAAGACGCAACGAAUUUAGAAUGAAAUGGCGAACGACACAUUAAUUUGUGUUGAAAAUCAAUAAAGCACCAGCUUGACUGCAUAAGCAUAUUUUUACG